ACGACCUGCCACUUUAUGUCGUUCUAUCACGAGAUUCUGGUAACGCCUUUUUAUAGUUGUUGGUGGUAUUUGUCGCCCGAAAAAAGUCUGUCAGCUCGAGAAAUUCCAACUGUUGUUGCGACGGCGGAUGUCGGCACUGUUAUGAAUAUGUCACUCGUACGAGCAGCGAUGAUAACUGCGUCAAAGCCUAAAAUGUUCAGCCUGACUAGAUCGUUAAGUCAUUUAAACACCUUCGGGGUUAACCAGCAGUCACAACAACUGCCAUCAAAACUCACUGCGGGAGUUCAGCGCUUCAGCAGCGCCUCAACUCAGCAGAAGACACCGCUGUCAGGGCCAUCAGAAGAAAAGGUCCACCUGACUGACUCGUGUGUGAAGAGAUUAGGUGAGAUCAUGAAGAAAGGGGAGUACCUGAGGAUAAUUGUAGAAGGAGGAGGCUGCUCUGGUUUCCAGUACAAGUUUUCUGUGGAAAAGAACAAGAAUGAAGAUGACAGAGUGUUUGAGCAGGGAGGAGUCGGGGUCAUUGUGGACCAGGACAGUAUGGAGUUUGUGAAAGGAUCCACGCUGGACUUCAGCCACGAGCUGAUAAGAGCCUCGUUCCAAAUAAUGAAGAACCCUCAGGCUGAUCACGGAUGCUCCUGUGGCACUUCGUUCUCCAUCAAACUAUGACCUCGCUUGUGUUAAAAUGAAAACCAGUUACCAACCUAGUGGGUACAACACAACAUCUACUAACACAGGGAUAAGUCUUCAGCUUUCUCAGCGUGUCAACAAAUAAUUUUAUUUUCAAGUAAUUGUGUUCAUUUUGCUAAUUUAUUGUAUAAUUUAAAAGUGUGUACCAAAAAAAUGUGAAUUUUAUGUUUCUUGGUUGCUUUUAACCUCAAAUACAGAUAAACAUGGCUUUUUUAGUGUAGCGUGACCUGAAGUGAAAGAACAGCAGAGGUAUUGAUUAAUGAUCGUGAACACACCUGCAUCAGUUAUUUAUCAUGAUAAACAAAUGCUGAUUUACAAUGUCCAAUUAUUGCUCAUAUGUAUGUAAAUAUGUAAAUAGAACAUAAAGCAUAUGAAAAAAGCUAUUGUCCAAUAAAGUUGUGAUGUUG